AAUUUUACCAAUUUACUCUAAAUGAAAAGAAAAGAUGCUUUCACAGCCAAAUAAAACAGUCGCAUCAAAGCAGUUAUGGUUGAUUAACGAAUCAGAACAAAAACGACCCAUUUCACUUAUCACCACAUUCAGUAAUUACCACUACAAUUUUUUUCUCCUUCAUCCUCGAUCCAUUUUGAGCCAACCCCAAAUUUCCAUUCUCAAAAGCAAAAAUUAAGUAACUUCUUGUAGGGUUUUCUAGAAAAUUUGGCAAAGUUUCAGUCGAAAAUAGGAUUGUGAAAUCCGAGCAAUGAGCAACCAGCCGUCUGCCCUGGGGAGACCAACCUCAGGUAAAAGGAGAUUGAAAGAGCUUAUGGUUCAACUUGAUAAUCGUGUAUGUGCAGAUUGUGGUGCUCCAGAUCCAAAAUGGGCAUCAGCGAAUAUUGGAGUUUUUUUGUGUUUGAAGUGCUGUGGUGUCCACAGAAGCCUUGGCACACAUGUUUCUAAGGUCUUAUCUGUGACAUUAGACGACUGGUCUGAUGAUGAAAUCGAAGCCAUGUUUGAGGUAGGUGGAAAUGCAUCUGCAAAUUCUAUUUACGAGGCUUAUCUUCCUGAAGGAGUGUCUAAACCAAAACCUGAUGCCUCCCAUGAAGAACGUUUAAUAUUUAUCAGGUCAAAGUAUGAACAUCAAGAGUUUCUAAAAUCGAGCCUGCGAAUUUUGUCUUCUUCCGAAAAGGCUUCUUUACAAGCAAGUCUAUCCAGGAAGAAUGUGGACAGUAUUCGAACUUCAAGCUCAAACUCAAAUGGAACGGCAAACAUUGUUGGGACAUUAAAGGUUAAAGUGCUGAAGGGCACAAAUUUAGCUGUACGAGACAUGCUAUCGAGUGAUCCAUAUAUUAUCUUCACUCUUGGAAAACAGAAUGUGAAAACGAGUGUCAUAAAGAGCAACUUGAAUCCUGUCUGGAAUGAGGAACUCAAGCUGGAUGUCCCGGAAAACUAUAGCUCAAUAAAACUGAAAGUAUAUGAUCACGACAUGUUAUCUGCUGACGACAUAAUGGGUGAGGCGGAGAUAGACAUACAGCCUAUGAUGACAUCAGCAAUGGCUUUUGGUGACCCGGGCAUGUUUGGGGACAUGCAAAUCGGGAAAUGGCUCAAAUCUUACGAUAACGCCCUUAUAGAGGAUGCCACGGUGAAUAUUGUCGAUGGGAAGGUGAAGCAAGAGCUUUGGCUGAGGCUACAGAAUGUGGAGUCGGGUGAGGUCGAGCUCGAGCUCGAGUGGGUCCCGCUUUCGCAAUAGUGUACGACUCUGUUGUAUAUAUUAUUUUUCUUUUUUUUUGACAAAUAUGCAUAAUUUUGAACUGAACAAUAUAAAUACAAGUAUAUUAUUUCAUAUCAUAAGUAUGUAUUUUU